AUGUCCACAGCGACCACCAAAAACGUGGGCGACUUCCCCAUCGCCAACAAGAUCCUCCUCAUCACAGGCGGCGGCUCAGGCAUCGGCCUCGCCCUCGCCCGCCAGUUCCAUGCCCGCGGUGGCCGCGUCCUCCUCGGCGACCUGAAACUCACCCCCGCCGCCGAGCAGUUCCUGCACACUACCGAGGUCGACCGCCCCGGUUCCGCCGUCUUCCGCCGCUGCGACGUGACGCGCUGGCAGGGAGAAUCAUCUCUGCACGCCCUCAUCUCGGCGUCCGUCUUGGAAUUCGGUGAUGUGCCGGAUGUGUACUGCCCUUGUGCAGGCAUCUUUGAGCCGCCCUGGAGUAACUUCUGGGAUGACGAGGAGGGACAGGACGAUGAUGGGGGAAGGGUUGGUGGUUACGCUGCUGUCCGCAUCAACACGGAGCACCCCAUCAAGCUCACCCGCCUCGCCUUCCGCGCCCUUGUCGGCGCCGAGAAAAAGGGCGUCGUGCUCCUCGUGGCUUCCGGCGCCGGCCUGGCGGGGGCCUACGACUGCGCCUUGUACUGCGCGACUAAACAUGCCGUCGUGGGCCUGUGCAAGAGCCUAGCCCAGGCGGACCCGGACGAGGGCAUCAAGGUCGUGUGUAUCUGCCCCAAUCUGGUGAAGACACCCUUGUGGGAGGAGAGGGAGGACGACAGGGCCAAGUACUACCACUACGACGAGGAGAGCACGCGCAAGAACACACCUGACGAGGUUGCUGAGGCCAUGAUGAGGUUAGUGGAGGAGGGACGGUUUAGCGGCGGUACGGUGUAUGUCAAGUCGCCGCAGAGGGAGGAGGUGGUGUUUGAGGGCGGGCAGGCGUCGAGGUUUGAAACUAGCUAUCCGAGGGCUGUUCUGGAUAAGGAGAGAGGCAAGCCUUGGAAUGUGGAUCUGUGA